AUGCAGGAACUCAUCGGCAUGGCAAUGCGCACAGUCUCACUGAUGAGCUCUUCGCAACUGUAUGGUUUACAAAUGCCACGGGACAAUCACAAUCUAACCGCUUUCCGACACAUUCUUUGUCGUAAUUUGACAUGGGCAGAAAUAAAAAAACUGUACAAUCCGACAGAAUUAACUUUGGCCAUUUGCCUGUAUCCAACUAAAUUUGAAGAGGCAGCUCGAAAUGAUCGAUCCACUUUGUUUUACCUUCACCAGCAAGCAAAAGAAAUCUACUAUGCACAUUUCAAAGAUAUCACCGAUGUGGCCAUGGCAUUCGAAAUUGGUUGCUUGGAUAUUAGGAGUUUUGCAACCUCGGCUGAUCCAUGCACCAAAGAUUUACUAGAUGUGCUUGAUAAAGGGAGAGGCUUGCACUCCUUCUUUCCACCCUGCGUUUUGCAUGCUUACAAGAAUAAAGCACUUAGACGGGCAGUGCAAAACUAUCUGGUGAAAGUACAACACUAUUCCGAGGAGGAUUGUGCUCUGGACAUGCUCAACCGGUAUCUGAUUUUGUUGAAAUUCGAUCGAGAUGUGAUCAAAUGCUCCUUUGGAGCCGGGCAUGGAUUCCCCGUGGAACUGGUCAUAGGUCCUCGCUUUCAGGUGUCUAUCUUGAUCGAGAAUGCGAACGAGCCUCGAACUGUAGCCUAUUUUGCCAGUAUCAAGCGAGUCAUGGUCUCGAAAACAGUAGGCCCGGAUGGUGUUCGUUACCAGGUUCGACUGGCGAUUGAACAAUCUAGCGAUCCGAACGCUCCGCUUGAAAUAAUGACGUUCAAUUUUCACACUCAGGAGGCCGCCGACACGGUUGUACAUCUACUCGAGGGUUACUGUGGUGAGGCCAUCGGUGCUGCCAUGCAAGAUAAUGUGAGCGAAUUCGGCACUGCCACAUCAAACAGAACGUCCAGAGCAAGCAGAGACAGUUUUCUACCAAACGGAUGUCCCUACCGAUUGAAGGAAACUCCAACCAACGAAAUGCAAAAACUGGAAAUGCCCCGGGAGAGUGUACUUUUGGAACAAGUGCUUGGCGAAGGACAAUUCGGUGACGUGUACAAAGGAAUCUAUCGGAAGAAUCAUCAUUCAGAACUCAUUAAUGUGGCUGUGAAAACCUGUAAAAUAGACGCAUCGACCGAAGAACGAAGUCAGUUUUUGGAAGAGGCACAGGUUGUUCUACAGAAUGCUUUAUUCGGUCCAGCAAUCGAUGGAUUUGAACUCCUCACAGGGAGUAGAGUCAUUGGCUUACAAUAUACCGAUGACAUCGCCUUACUGGGUGACGACACACAGGCAGAUCAACAUGCUUCGAAUCGCUUGGUGAUCGAGGUAUCCAGGGAUAUCGCGGCUCGGAAUAUCCUCGUGGCCCGAGCUGACUGGGUCAAACUGGCAGACUUUGGUAUGGCGAGAAUGCUGAACGAUGCAAACGAGUUUCGCGCUGACAAGGGACGCAAAAUGCCCAUCAAAUGGAUGGCGCCCGAAAGUGUGCAUCAUCGUCGAUUCAGCUCAGCCUCGGACGUCUGGAUGUUUGGUGUGUGCAUGUGGGAAAUUUUGUCCGGGGGAACAAAACCUUUCGCGGACAUGACCAACGCAGAGGCUGCAGAACACGUCACCCGGGGUCAGCGACUCAAACGACCAGAAACGUGUCCUCGAAACCUAUACGUGGUUAUGCUUGAGUGUUGGAAUACAAAUCCUCAACGUCGACCAACAUUUGCAGCACUAAAACCCCGUCUCCGGGAGCUGGCUGCUCAAAGCAGAGAUGCAGCCAAAUCGGAUUACCUCAAUUCAGGAAAAGUAUCUCCCACUCGAAAAUCCCGUUCAGCAGCUCAGCAUCACCAUCAUCAUACGCAUUCGGGCAAUCGAAAACAAGAGAUGCCCGGCGGGUUCCAAAACAACAGCUCAACAGCCAAGUUGCCAUCAGUACACAGCCGAUGGGAUGAGGUUACCGAGCUGGAACCGACGGACCGGGGUGCUUUGAGUGAUGGUGCACGAUUUGAAACCUCACGUGACAUUAUAUUGAGCGGAACGAAAAAACAAAUGCCCUGUUCAACAAAUGCGAGCGAAUCACGACGAGCUGUUUGCGGGAAUUCGAUCGGUAGUUCUCGAUCCAUGUCCGUUGGAAAUACACAUCGUACAGAAAGUGAUCUCUCUCCACAGGAACGUGAUCGAUUGCACACCACACACCUAGAAACAAACAUAUCCGGUUAUACACGGUCAACUACUGCCGGGCAGUCCCGUCUUCGCAGUGCCCCCAAUAUCAGUCGCGAUCCUUCCCCCAAACGGAAUGUGACCUCAGGUUACGAACCCCCGCAGAGCAUCGGAGCUUCCGUGCGGGACCUGUUCGCGGCAAUCGAAGUCGAGUUCGGAACCAGCAACGUUGAGAAUGAGAUAUUCCUAGCUGAGCGUCAACUGAAUGCAUCAAUGUAUCACUUAAUUUCCACCAUCAAAGAUGCCAAGCUGUCGAUCAAUCGAGGACCUUUGUUGGAGGAAUACCGACGACAUCUGUUGACACUUUCGUACGCCAUCGCUGCUGAUGCACAUUCCCUGUAUACGGCCGUGCAUGAAUCGCGAAAUCGACUCCUAAGCAGCAGACAGUCUGCAACCUAG